AUGGGGACCCGCUCUGCCCUGCGCACCGAGGUGGACCAGCGCCUACUCAAUGACCCCAAAUUUGUGGCAGCCCACUUGAUCCCAGACAACGAUGACCGGGACAACAACAAAGCCUAUUUCUUCUUCACGGAGAAGGUGGUGGAGGCAGAUAGCAAGGAGCAUGCCAUCGUCAGCCGGGUGGCACGGGUCUGCGUGAACGAUGCUGGUGGCCAGAGGGUGCUGGUUAACAAGUGGAGUACCUUCAACAAAGCCCGGCUGGUGUGCUCCGUCCCUGGCCCCGGUGGCAUUGACACCCACUUUGAUGAGCUGGAGGAUGUCUUCUUGCUGAGGACGAAGGAUGGGAAGAGCCCGGAGAUCUAUGCCCUCUUCAGCACCAUCAGCCAUGUCUUCCAGGGCUCUGCUGUCUGCGUGUACCGCAUGGCCGACAUCCGGGAGGUCUUCAACGGGCCGUUUGCCCACCGGGAGAGCCCCCACCACCAGUGGGGUGCCUACGAGGGCAGGGUGCCGUACCCGCGGCCGGGCGUGUGUCCCAGCAAGACCACCAACCAGCCCCGGCGGCAGUACAGCUCCACCACGGACUUCCCCGACGAGGUGCUGCACUUUGCCCGUGCUCACCCCCUCAUGUACAAGCCCGUGUACCCCCGGCACCGCCGGCCCCUCCUGGUGAAGACCGACCUGCCGUACCGCCUGCGCCAGCUCGUGGUGGACCGGGUGGAGGCUGAGGACGGGCAGCACGACGUCCUCUUCCUUGGGACGGACGCUGGCUCGGUGCUGAAGGUGGUGGUCCUGCAGAAGAUAAGCUCGGCCACAACUGAGGAAGUCGUCCUGGAGGAGCUGCAGGUUUUUAAGGCACCUGUGCCCAUCACCCAGAUGGAGAUCUCCGUCAAGCGUCAAACGCUCUACGUGGGCUCCAGCCUGGGGGUGGCUCAGGUACGGCUGCACCGGUGCGAGACCUACGGCAUGGCUUGUGCCGAAUGCUGCCUGGCCAGGGACCCCUACUGUGCCUGGGACGGCACCGCCUGCACCCGCUACCAGCCCUCUGGCAAGCGCCGCUAUCGCCGCCAGGACAUCCGCCAUGGCAACCCCGUGCACCAGUGUCUGGACCAGAACCUGACUGGUGAGAGACUGGGGAAGGAGAAGGUGCUUUAUGGAGCGGAGGACAACAGCACCUUCCUGGAGUGCGCGCCCCGGUCCCCGCAGGCCAGCGUGCAGUGGUUCGUCCAGAGGCCCCCCGACGAGCAGCGGGACGAGGUGAAGACGGACGAGCGGGUCCUGCAGACAGAGCAAGGGCUGCUUUUCCGCAAGCUGCACCGCCAUGACGCUGGCAUCUACUACUGCAAGACGCUGGAGCAUGGCUUCACCCAGACGGUGGCCAAGACGGCCUUGGAGGAGUAUUGCGCCCACCUCUGGUGUGGCGGCAGUCGCCCCCACCACCGCAAGAGCAAGCUGGCCCAGGCCAAGCACGUCCUGGCCGGCGUGGACGUGGGCAAGAAGGGACGGGUGGCCAAAUCCCACGGCGAGAGGAACCGCGUGCCCCGGCAAGCGGCGGCCACUUAG